GGCCAGGGAGCAGCCCAGCCUGGGGCGUGCGCGACCUGGGCUAGCUUCCCAGCCCGACUGUGGCCUCCUGCUCUGGAGCCCCUUCCGGACCCUCGGGCCUGGCGCUCGCGGCCAAAACUGACUCCAAAGUGUGGGGGAAGGGUUCCUCUUCCCGGGACGCAGCCACCCCGGGCAUUGGCAGACCAUGCCCUGGUUAGACAGAGCCGCUGACCACCCCGCCCACCCCCGAGGCCGGAAGCACGGAUGCACACCCCGUCCUGGGAGGGACAGGCGCCCCUUCUCCUCCGCACUCCGCCGCUCCCGCACCCCAGCGCCCCCCUCUCCCCCCCGCCGGCUUCAGGACGUCAGAUGCAGCCACCACUAAUCCUGGGAGGGACAGACACACGGACAGGCGCCCCUUCCCCUCCGCACCCUCCUGCUGGCUGCAGAACAGCAAAUGCAGCCACCACUGACCCUGAGAGGGACAGACACACGGACAGGCGCCCCUUCCCCUCUGCACCGCCCUGCUGGCUUCAGGACGUCAAAUGCAGCCACCACUUGACGCUGGGAGGGACAGAAACUUUCCAGCCCAGACUGGCCCUGGGGGACUGCGGCCUCACCAUGGACCCGGAAUGCUCCCAGCUGCUCCCGGCUCUCUGUUCUGUUCUGGUAGAUCCCAGGCAGCCGGUGGCAGAUGACACCUGUUUGGAGAAGCUGCUGGACUGGUUUAAAACGGUCACUGAAGGAGAGUCCAGUCUCGUGCUGCUGCAGGAGCACCCCUGCCUGGUGGAGCUGCUAUCCCAUGUGCUGAAAGUCCAGGACCUGAGUCCCGGGGUUCUCUCCUUCUCACUCCGCCUGGCAGGAACCUUCGCAGCCCAGGAAAACUGCUUCCAGUAUCUUCAGCAGGGAGAGUUGCUACCAGGGCUCUUUGGGGAGGCAGGACCCCUCGGCCGAGCAGCCUGGGCCGUCCCCACCGUGCGCAGCGGCUGGAUCCAGGGCCUGCGCUCCCUGGCACAGCACCCCAGCGCCCUGCGCUUCCUGGCCGACCAUGGUGCAGUCGACACCAUCUUCUCCCUGCAGGGAGACUCCAGCCUGUUUGUGGCCUCGGCGGCCAGUCAGCUCCUGGUGCACGUCCUGGCUUUGUCCAUGCGAGGUGGAGCCGAGGGGCAACCCUGCCUGCCGGGGGGCGACUGGCCCGCGUGUGCCCAGAAGAUCAUGGAUCACGUUGAAGAGUCCUUGUGCUCCACGGCCACCCCCAAGGUCACUCAGGCCCUGAAUGUCCUGACCACGACCUUCGGGCGCUGCCAGAGCCCCUGGACGGAAGCCCUGUGGGUGCGGCUGAGUCCCCGCGUGGCCUGUCUGCUGGAGAGAGACCCCAUCCCCGCCGCGCACUCGUUCGUGGACCUGCUUCUCUGUGUGGCUCGUUCUCCCGUGUUCAGUUCUUCCGAUGGCGGCCUGUGGGAGACGGUGGCGCAGGCUCUGAGCUGCCUGGGCCCCACCCACGUGGGACCCCUGGCUUUGGGGAUCCUGAAGCUCGAGCACUGUCCACAGGCACUAAGGACCCAGGCCUUCCAGGUCCUUCUCCAGCCCCUGGCCUGUGUCCUGAAGGCCACGGUUCAGGCCCCUGGACCCCCAGGCUUGCUGGAUGGGACGGCAGACGAUGCCACGACGGUGGACGCGCUUCUGGCCUCCAAGUCGUCCUGCGCGGGCCUCCUGUGCCGCACCCUGGCUCACCUGGAGGAGCUGCAGCCGCUGCCCCAGCGCCCUUCACCGUGGCCCCAGGCAUCCCUACUGGGGGCUACGGUGACUGUCCUGCGGCUCUGUGACGGCUCGGCUGCCCCCGCCUCCAGUGUGGGGGGCCACCUCUGUGGGACCCUGGCGGGCUGCGUCCGGGUCCAGCGAGCAGCCCUCGACUUCCUGGGGACGCUGUCACAGGGCACAGGCCCCCAGGAGCUGGUGACACAGGCGCUUGCUGUCCUCCUGGAGUGCCUCGAGAGCCCCGGCUCCAGUCCCACGGUUCUGAAGAAGGCCUUCCAGGCCACGCUCAGGUGGCUGCUGAGCUCACCCAAGACCCCCAGCUGCUCUGAUCUCAGCCCCCUCAUCCCGCAGUUCCUCAGAGAGCUGUUCCCUGUGCUGCAGAAACGCCUGUGCCACCCCUGCUGGGAGGUGAGGGACUCCGCCCUCGAGUUCCUGACCCAGCUGUGCAGGCACUGGGGAGGACAGGCCGACUUCAGAUGUGCACUCUUGGCUUCAGAGGUGCCUGAGCUGGCCCGGCAGCUCCUCCAGGACCCUGAGAGUUAUGUCCGAGCGAGCGCGGUGACCGCCAUGGGGCAGCUGUCCAGCCAGGGCCUGCAUGCCCCCAUCAGCCCUGAGCAUGCAGAGGCCCAGCAGAUGGGUAAACUGAGGAUUGGAGGGCAGUGUGCUCACCACGCAGCAUGGGAAGGUGCCAGAGUGGGCUGUGGCCCUAGACUGCAUGUCCGGGGCCAGCCCCCAGACGUACCCGGGGUCCUGUUGUGGGAGCUUCGCUCCUGCCGCCCCACCAACCAUCCGCACCUGCUCCCUGUCCCCCAGAGCCUGUUUCUGGAGCUGCUGCACAUCCUCUCCGUAGACUCGGAGGGCUUCCCACGGCGGGCGGUCAUGCAGGUCUUCACCGAGUGGCUGCGGGACGGCCAUGCCGACGCGGCCCAGGACACGGAGCAGUUCGUGGCCACUGUGCUGCAGGUGGCGAGCCGGGACCUGGACUGGGAGGUCCGUGCCCAGGGCCUGGAGCUGGCAUUGGUGUUCCUGGGCCAGACGUUGGGGCUGCCGCGUACCCACUGCCCCUAUGCCGUGGCCCUACCCGAGGUGGCCCCAGCCCGGCCACUUGGCGAGGCACUGAGGGCUCUCUGCCACGUGGGGCUCUUUGACUUCGCCUUUUGUGCCUUGUUUGACUGCGACCGCCCUGUGGCGCAGAAGUCUUGUGACCUCCUUCUCUUCCUGAGGGACAAGAUUGCUUCCUACAGCAGCCUGCGGGAGGCUGGGGGCGGCCCCAACACCGCCUCCACGGAGGCCACCCUGCUGGGGUGGCGGGCGGGUGAGCAGGCCCAGCCCCCGGGGGACCAGGAGCCUGAGGCUGUGCUGGCCAUGCUGAGGUCCCUAGACCUGGAGGGCCUGCGGAGCACGCUGGCCGAGAGCAGCGACCACGUGGAGAAGAGUCCCCAGUCCCUCCUGCAGGAUGUGCUGGCCACUGGAGGCUUCCUGCAGGGGGACGAGGCCGACUGCUACUGAGCAGAACCAGAGUCUGCCUCGGGCUCAGGACCGAGGGAGGCAGCACCGUGUCCUUCUGUGGGACGCUGCCAGCCCCAGGGCUCCAGCCCAGCCCGGCAGAUCAUCUGGGGAAGCCAGGACCAGGAGAGAAGCAAGGUCAAGAAAUCCCACAUUUUGAUGUAUUAAAGAAAUGACUUAUUUUUACUCAAAA